UGAAGUGAACGUGUGGCCGGGAGCGGACCCACAAAAACAACUCUAAACUGCACCAUAACGAGCCCUCGCCACUCCCUCGCCCGGCAGAUUGGACCAGUCGGACAAUCGCCAUCGACACAGCUGGCGAUUCUUUGAUGGUGAAGGCGCAAGUCAAAGGCUAUAGCAUGCAGUCCGAUGCACAGAAAUGGUCGACCCCCCCUGCAGAUGGCACGUGGUCCCCCACAACCUCCGCUGCAGGCCCAGCAGCUGCAAAGGCUCCCCAUAACCCAGGCUUGAAGCGCCCACGCUCUUCGUCCAACGCCAUGGAGUCCCUUCCUCCUGCGCCCAAACUGCGUGGCGACAUCAUCUUAGAGGUCUUCACGCACAAGAGUCUGCGUUUCCCUGGAGCACCGAUCGACGAGGACUCGGAGUUUGGCGACAACGAACGGCUGUCUAUACUGGGGGAGAAGGUGCUUGAGCUCGCCGUGACUUCUGCGCUGUUCAGCAAGAGGCCGAUGUUGAAAGCAGAGGACAUAGAGAUACAAAGGCAUGAAACACUGUCGGACGCAAACAUCGAGAACUGGGUCGCCGCUUACAAGAUGAGAGAGAAGGUCCGCUGCAGUGCCGAUGCCGUGUUGUCGCUCUCCACUCCGAAGGAAGCACGUCUUCUUUUCCACUCGUACGUGGGCGGCAUCUUCGCCCAGAACGGCAUGAGCACCAUCCAGAACUGGAUAGGACAGUUGGUGGAUCCUAACUACGAGCCUGAUUCCGGGCAGGCAUUUGAGUCCGAGGUGUACAACGCAUACAAGAAGAUCAAGACUGAAGCUAUGGCCUCGCCGCCUCCUCCGCCCAUGCCGCAGCCGCCGCCGCCUCCUUCGCAGCCGCCGCCGCCAAUGCCAAUGCCGACCAUGAACCCUCUCGCUCCUGCUCAGCCGCAGACCGCGUUCUUACCGCUCUUUAACCAGACUGCCAACCAACGCAGGUUGACGGUUGAAUACCCCGCUACAUUUACUGGUCCUGCUCACGCUGGUCGCUGGACCGUACAGUGUGUCGUGAACGGUAUGCCCAAAGGUGAAGGCGCCGGUGCUAGCAAGCAGCUUGCUAAAGAGGAGGCUGCCAGACAAGCUUACUAUGCCAUGGGCUGGGCGCCACGUGCCUGAGCUCGACAAAUUUUUCUAAGAUGUGAUCGCUCGUCAAGGUGUAGUUGUACCAUCACAUACUAGCAUGGCCGACCCCGAGUCAGUGUCAUCGCUCUCCCGAGUGUGGUGGCGCUGACGCGGUCUCGUGGAAUAAAUAUGGGCGUUCUUUGCAUCCAUAUUCUGUGACCCAUGCUAGUUUGCAAUGGUUCAAAUUUGAGCC